AUGGUCCUGUCAGGCAUCUUCUUUGGCUUCAGUUAUAUCUUUGUCUUCUUCGCAAUGAUUCUCUACCCUUCGGACACCUACAAGCGUUAUGCUGCCUCGGCGCAAGCUGCAGCUAGUACCACUCGGUUGCUUGCAGCAGUCGGUCUGCCGUUUGCUGCUUCAGCGUUGUACCACAAUCUGGGUGUAAGAUGGGCCGGUGAUAUUCUGGCUAUUGCAUCUGGAAUGAUGGAUGGCCUUUAUACCCUCCAUGUUCCUGAUUUUCAGGAGGAGGUUGCGCGCGGAGAGCGCGUUCGCGGGCUGAGCCUCAGCUUUCGGUAG